AUGAGCCAGAGGCAGGUCCUGCAAGUUUUCGAGCAGUACCAGCGCGCCCGGACGCAGUUCGUGCAGGCGGUGGCCGAGCUCGCCGCCCGGCCGCAGAACAUCGAGACCCUCCAAAACGCAGGUGUAAUGUCUUUGCUGAGACCUCUUUUGCUGGAUGUCAUCCCAACUAUUCAACAGACUGCUGCUUUGGCUCUCGGGAGACUUGCCAAUUAUAAUGAUGACCUGGCAGAGGCAGUUGUGAAGGGAGACAUUCUUCCACAGCUCGUGUGUUCAUUGUCUGAGCAGAAUCGUUUCUACAAGAAAGCAGCUGCAUUUGUGCUAAGAGCAGUUGGUAAACAUUCUCCACAGCUAGCUCAGGCAGUAGUUCAGUGUGGAGCACUGGAAACGCUUGUGAUUUGCUUGGAAGAUUUUGACCCUGGAGUCAAAGAAGCUGCAUCUUGGGCACUGGGGUAUAUUGCCCGACACAAUUCAGAACUGUCACAAGCUGUGGUGGAUGCAGGAGCUGUUCCUCUUUUAGUGCUCUGUAUCCAGGAGCCAGAAAUUGCUUUGAAAAGGAUUGCUGCUUCAACUCUCAGUGAUAUUUCAAAGCAUUCUCCAGAGUUAGCACAGACAGUAGUGGAUGCAGGAGCUAUCGCUCACUUAGCUCAGAUGAUCCUGAACCCUGAUGCUAAACUGAAGCGUCAGGUGCUGUCAGCUCUAAGCCAAAUAGCAAAGCAUUCAGUGGAUCUUGCAGAGUUGGUGGUUGAAGCAGAAAUUUUCCCAGUUGUGCUCACAUGCCUGAAGGACUCAGAUGAAUAUGUCAAGAAAAAUGGUGCAACUUUAAUUAGAGAGAUAGCAAAGCAUACGCCUGAGCUUUCACAGCUUAUAGUAAAUGCAGGUGGAGUUGCUGCUGUGAUUGAUUGUAUUGGCAGCUGCAGAGGGACUGUCAGACUGCCUGGCAUCAUGAUGCUUGGUUACGUAGCAGCUCAUUCGGAGAACCUGUCAAUGGCAGUGAUUGUCUCCAAGGGAAUACCACCACUGUGUGCCUGCUUGAUAGAAGAACAUGAAGAUCAUAUUAAGGCAGCAGCUGCUUGGGCCUUGGGACAGGUUGGAAGACAUACUCCUGAGCAUGCACGUGCUGUUGCAACAGCAAACGUGCUACCCACACUGCUUGCUAUGUAUAUGGACACACGCAGUUCAGAAGAUCUUCAAAUGAAAACUAAAAAAGCCUUAAAGAACAUCCUUCAAAAAUGCACGCAUCUUCCAGCACUUGAACCAUUGCUGCAUGAUGCCCCUCCCAAUAUUAUGAAACAUAUUGUUGGGCAGUUUAGCAAGGUGUUACCACAUGACAGCAAAGCACGCCGUCUCUUUGUAACAACUGGUGGACUUAAAAAGGUUCAAGAAAUAAAAGCAGAACCUGGGUCACUUCUUCAGGAAUAUAUCAACACUAUUAACAAUUGCUAUCCAGAGGAAAUAGUAAGGUAUUAUUCCCCUGGAUAUUCUGAGAUACUUCUGGAAAGGGUGGAAAAUUACCAUCCAGUUUUAUAA